CCCUCCACUCUGUGCUACACUCCUUGUGUUGUCACCCGAACCGGGAAUUGUCUGUGCUUCAGGGAAGAACUAGCUCUACCAUCAGUUAAAAUGGCACCCAAGAAGGACCCUAAGGCUCCCGCCAAGAAGGCCGCAGAACCUGCACCAGCACCUGCACCUGCACCCGCACCCGCGCCAGCUGCUCCAGCUGCAGCUCCCGCUGUCGACCUGUCCGCCGUCAAGGUACAAUGACCGUGGGAGCACGAGCUCUGCUGUGAGGAAGGAUAGAGAUUGAAUGAUGGCUACUCAGAAGGAGAUGGGAUUUGACUUUGAAAUUCACGCCGGUGUUUGACAGAGGGGUCCUUGACGUGACCCCAGAUAAAACAGAAAACUUUUUACACAUUUAAAAAUUUUACCAUUUAGAAAACAGUGGAUUACUUUGAUUAGAGCUGUGUGUUUUUGCAUUACAAAUGUGGCCUAACUUGGCUUGCAUCAUAUUCCAGAGCAACCAGUUAUUGGUUGUGGUGUAUGACUCUGACUUUAAUUUAAUGUGGGGCCAUCUUCGCUUUUAAUAACUAGAAAAGUGCAGACAGUUUGGAUAGGAGGGUGCAUAUUUAGCAUUUGAGAGAGGGCUCUCAGUAGUGAUUUGGCAGAACAGCUGCAGGUUUGAAGGACCACACUCAGUGAUCUGAGGAGGCAGACUAGAACCAUGGAGAGCUCAGUGGGUCCUAAACCACGCCCCCUGUUCUCUGGAUUGGACUCGCACAGAGGUGACUAAUGUUUGAAGGCACAGAAGGGUGACACCAAAUGUGGACAUGUUAAUGCAGCUAAAGAUGGACCUCCACAGAUCGAGUGCCAACAUGUAAAGCUAAAUUUAGCAAAGAGACAGGUUUAAUCCCUGCGUGGGCCUAAUUAAUUAAACUGGAUAAAUUGGAAAUGCCUCGUUAUGAUGGUCUAUUGAAUUCAAUUGGUUGCGCUCUGUCAUGUGGUCUGUGAUAGACUGCAAUGUAUGUUGGUAACUAAUAUGGCUUCUUUGCAUUGACUCCUAGAUUGAAUUCAGCGCAGACCAGAUUGAUGGUAAGUACACCUCAUCUCACCCCUGCAACCUUGUGACAGCCCCGUGCAGUCCAUAAAACUUGACACACUUGUAUUCAAUCUCUGUCUUUAACUCACUGUCAUGGAAACCAGUAAAUCAAGCAAUCAAUCUCCCAUCAAGACACUGAUACGUUCGAGAGUAAGAAGAAAGAAAGAGUAUUUUGGGACUCCCUCAGAGAUAAAUUAUGACAACCUACACCCACAGUGACUUAAUACUGAGUACACGUAGUACUUAACACUUAGUACUUAGUCUUUGCAGCAGAUAGUGACUACUUUUGUUUUUUAAUUGAAUCUGAUUAUUGUUACACAAAUCUUCAAAACCAUUCAUAGAACUAUAACUUACAAGAAACUUAAAAAUCUUGUUUUAUAGGCAGUGCAGUUAUAUCAAGGAAAAUGAGUCAAUGUUACAUUUUCCAAGUAAAAGUACAAAACAGUAGUCUGAUGUUGUGAAUCCAACAUUAAACUGUAAGACGGACACACUGUCUGACUCCAAUAUUCAUCAAUCAGACUUUAUUGGCUGGUGUAAAGUUUCAAUUCCUCCUAUCCUGUUGCCCUAACAUUGCAGAAAGUUCAUUGGCUGCUUGUUUGUUGCUUGAGGCCCUGCAUUAUAAAAUCUUAAAUGAUUAAUUAAGUAGGGUCUGCAACUCAACAUAGAUUUACCUUUAAAAAAUGCUGUAUGUUGCAGUUAUUUCAAAGAUGUAGUUUAGGAAAUAGAUGAGUCGUAGAAAGACAAAACUUCUGGAUCAGUCUCGACCAGAUCAGAGCUGUCAUCUGGACCUGUGCUUGUUACACUGCAGUCAGCAUUCCCUCCCCUCCACUCAACUCUCCACACCCCCUGACCCUCCACCCCCACCCCCACAGAGGGGCUUGUCUUUAAAAGGAGGGGGCUCAUAUUCUUAGCUAUGUUUAUCAAUUCCAAGGUGGUCUUUUAAAAGAGCCCGUAGCUCUGCUGGGGGAGAGAGAGAGGGAGAGAGAGAAGGGAGACAGCUGUGAUAGAAAUAGUACAAGGGGUGAUGAGGCUCGACAGGAGUCAUUCCAUUCAGCUUUUUAUACCACAACCUAUGGAGAUGUCUUGACCUUGUUACAUACUUUCAUUGUCAGUUUGCAGAGGAGCUGCCUCCACCUGCUGGCUGUUAAAACACAGCUACUCUUCACAGACUAAAGAAGUGAAGGACCCCUGUCUUUAGUUGUAAAAAGUGUUGCCAAGAAAGAUAAAUUUGAAAAUAUAGAGAUAUUUAAAAAGGUCAGUUUUCUUGACAAGAAUAAAAUUCAAUAAAACUGGUGUUUCUUAGAUACUUCACCUUUAACAGUGCUUAGUGAAAUGGUUGAACAUGACAAAACUCUGCAGGGGGAAAAGUCAUUACACACACACAAAAGAAAAAGUAGAAAUAAAAUAGGAUAUUGCUGCUUUACUCAACAGCUGUAUGCUUAAUCUUACUGAGAAGGAAAAAUCAGCUCUUAACUUGUUCAGAUUAAGUCUUUUUUUUUCUUUUUUUCAAAUCAAAGUCAGUCUUUUCAUGACAAGAAUUACGCUCAUUAAAAAACUUCAUGUCCCAAAUUUAUAUCAUAAACAAUCAUUAUUGAGCACCUCACAAACUAAGUACAAGAUGUAUUCUCCUUUUUCUUGAACUGUGCAGACUACAGGGAGGCCUUUGGUCUGUUCGACAGAGUGGGUGACAACAAGGUGGCCUACAACCAGAUCGCCGACAUUAUGCGCGCUCUGGGACAGAACCCCACCAACAAAGAGGUGAACAAAAUGCUUGGAAGCCCCUCCGCCGAUGGUAAGAUAUAUAUAUUCUCUAUUUAUUUAUUUUUUGUUGACAGUUAGCUUAGGUGACAACUUUACACAUUUUUUCAUUUCAUGUAAACUAGCUGUUAAAAAAAAUGUUUUCAGUUGUUUUUCAGUGCCUUUAACUACUACUGCUUACUGAAAUGCUUGACCCCUUUAAAUAAUGUUAAUCAAUGUUAACACGACUAGCUCUCGUAAAAGUAAUCAGAAAACAAAUUAAGAGUACAAAAGUUAUCAUGUAGGCUGAGAAACUAGAGCUUGUAUCAGUCACUCACUCACAUCAUGCCUUCAAAACUCAGAAAAAGGAUUUAUUUAGUGUUGCAGAAGAGCUUGUCGUAAACACCUGCCUAGCUUGUUCACCUUUGAAGUGAACACACUGCUCUUUCUGUCUCAGACAUGGCCAACAAGAGAGUAGAGUUCGAAGGCUUCCUUCCCAUGCUCCAGACCAUCAUCAACAGCCCUAACAAGGCUGGAUAUGAAGACUACGUUGAGGGUCUGCGCGUCUUCGACAAGGAGGGCAACGGCACAGUGAUGGGUGCUGAGCUGCGUAUCGUUCUGUCAACACUUGGUAAGUCAGGCCAGGUCACUGGAGCAUCUGCAAGUGUGCAUCUACUGUCUAUGCAUGUCAGAGCGUGAGUGUGUGACGCUAAACCUGGUUGUCUUUUGUCUCCCCCUAUAGGAGAGAAGAUGACUGAGGCUGAGAUUGAUGCUCUCAUGGCUGGACAGGAGGAUGAAAAUGGAUGUGUCAAUUAUGAGGGUAAGCCACAAACUACAUUAUAGAUAACAACAAAUACAAAUAAAACUUACUUUUUGUUUCAUCAACUCUAUGGGGAACUUAUGCGCAACAGGUAUAUAACCAGACUGGCUGUGAAGGCAGAUCAAGUCUGUAUGGACACAUCACUUCCUCUUUAGGGGGAGUUUUAGCUGCUCCAAAAUCAAGACAAAACAAUUUAUCUCCAUGGCAACAACUUGAGUGAAGAGAAAUGUGUUGACGAAGGGAUGUGGAAUAAGGAAUGUUAGUCAACAGAUUUCUUCUACCUGGGGGUAUUUUUUAAUGUUACAGUUGAUAGUAAUCAUUGACAUCAGCUGCUAAGGGUUAUUGUAAUUUCAAUUAUUUUGAAACCUGCCUUUUUUUCUUCUGGCUAGCUGUUGUCCGUCUGUAUUUCUAUACUGUUCCACAAAUUGCCUCCUUGUAGACUUUAAAGGUUUAUUUAUAUUUCUGUACGUCCAAACAGUUGAUGUUAACGUACUGAAAACUGGCUAUUUUGGCUUUUUCUGCCACAACUUUAAUUUAUUUAAAAUAUGCGUCCCUUUUUAUUUGUCCUAAUCCCUAGGGUGUCCUUUGAAAUGCACACUUGAUCCAAGAAUUGAGAGGCUGAUCGAUUACAGAGAGAACCUUGUAUUUAUUAUGUGAAUAUAUUGGAUCAAACAAACUUUAAACCCAGUUGUAGCCCAUAUCAUGUUAUUUUCUUUGACUGACUUUGAUUAAACUUUUGCUUUUGUCCUCACCGCCCCAACCCCCACCCCUUUUUUUCCACUUCCCUCCUCUCCUCUCUGUGCACUGCCCCGGUCUUCAUCUGCAGCCUUUGUCAAGCACAUCAUGUCUGUGUAAGGACCCUGUCACUGCAGUGGCGAGCAACGUAUAUGUGCAGACCCCAUGGUGUCGCGACAUCCACUCACUGCUUCCUGUGACACCUGAGGAAGCAGGGGGAACAAAGGACUAUGAGAUGUCAUUUCCUGAACCCUUUUUUGUUUCGUUCAACACGUUAUUUUCCUUUUUUUUUGUCCAACUGGUGCUUUUUUUUCCCUCCUCCUCCUCCUGCUGUUCAGGGAGUUUUCCACAAGAUGUUUCCAUCAUCAUCUUCAGUUAAGUCCAUUCAUCUCUUUGUGUUUUUUUUAACAUCUAUGAGGCUCGCAGUGGAACAGUGGUGGAGGGGAAGGCAGGAUAACGAUGACCACCCCUCCCCUCUCACUUGGUGAAUAAUUUGGCCCAGGACUGGCCUUCAAAAAUGUAUCCACUCCUAAACCAACCCAUCCCUAGGUCUUAACUUAUUGUAUCCUCUGCCAUUUCACAAUAAACUUUAAACUCCCAUUUUAAGUUUCCAUUUUACUUAUUUGAUUGAACAGUUG